AUGGGAAGUGCUGGGCAGUACCCUCACCCUCAUACAAAUAUGAAAUAUCUCGAAUGUGAAUUUGAAUUUGUUAACGAUGGUAUUUAUAUGUUGCCAAUGUUGUUAACAAAAAUGAUGAAAAUAAUUGAAAUUCAUAUGAAAGUGUUAAAAACGAAAUCAAUAUAUGAUAUCGGUGCAAAAUAUCGAUCCAUAAGAAAAUUUUCAAAAGAAUUUCGAACGAAUGUUGAUCGUCUGUUAAGACGACAAAUGAAGCGACGACAACAACAGUUUGAUGUCAAUUAUAUUGGAACCCACGUAUGUAUUUGGAUUGGAAAACAAGAUUAUAACCAUGACCAUGAACGUGAAACAGUCAAACAAUGA